AUGUGGGAGAAGGAAAGAAAAGCCCUGUUAGACUUCUGGAUGAAGAAGUUUGAGCAAGAAAAAGAGGCCAAGGAGCAUUUAUUGAAACUCCUCCACAAAGAACCGACUGUUUCCAUCAAUGUGGAUGAACUGACCAAUGUCCUUGGGGCAGAGCCGAGGGUCAGACGGAUCCAAGGUGCAGACAACCACAAAGGUCAGCGCUAUCAGAUUGAGCUGGGGACUUCUGAGGACUUGGACCAUGAAGCCGAGUUCUACAAAGCCAUCAUCACAGUCACAGUAGGACAUGAUCUGGAAGAACUGGAGGUUAAACCUGCUGUGAGUGUUGUAGAUGAAGAAACAGCUCCUUCAGGGACACAGGCUGAGGCUGAGACUGCUGUGGACCACAGUCUGGAGUCUGACGCUAACCUCACAGACACAGCCGUGGAGAACCUCAGCACGGAGAGAGAAAUCCUCAAUGAGACUGUUUCUGCUGUAGAAGCCUCUCUGUCAGUGCUAAAUGCUGCACUGGAUACAGUCUCAGGAGCACCAGCUUUAAAGGCCGACUUUCCUCAGGUCAUAAAAAACAAAAAGAAGAGGAAAAAUAAGAAGGCCGCAAAGCUAAUCAUUAGAAGUACACAGCAGGUCCAGGAGCCAACUGAGACCCAGACCGCCGAGGCUUCUGAGGACUUGGACCAUGAAGCCGAGUUCUACAAAGCAAUCAACACAGUCACAGUAGGACAUGAUCUGGAAGAACUUGAGGUUAAACCUGCUGUGAGUGUUGUAGAUGAAGAAACUGCUCCUUCAGGGACACAGGCUGAGGCUGAGACUGCUGUGGACCACAGUCUGGAGUCUGACGCUUACCUCACAGACACAGCCGUGGAGAACCUCAGCACAGAGAGAGAAAUCCUCAAUGAGACUGUCUCUGCUGUAGAAGCCCCUCUGUCAGUGCCCAAUGCUGCACUGGAUACAGUCUCAGGAGCACCAGCUCAGGUCAUAAAAAACAAAAAGAAGAGAAAAAAUGAGAAGGCCGCAAAGCUAACCAUUAGGAAUACACUGCAGGUCCAGGAGCCAACUGAGACCCAGACCGCCAAGGUACUCCCUGAUGCAGUGGUGAAACCACAAGACACACAGACCCCACAUAUGAAGCCCGUUGAGUCUUCAGCAGAGACUAGAGUUCAAGACGAGGAUACAAUUGUGAAGGAAGUGUCUCCCCUGAAGAUGGAAGAGUGUCCCUGCUCAGACGUGAUGGACAUGAUGGCCGUCACCACACAUGGCCUCAGUGUCAGAAAGACAAAGUUACUGAAGAAGAAGAAUCUCAACCUACAAUGUGCAGAAUCUUCAACAACAGAAAACAAACUGAAUGUUGCAAAAGAGGCCCAACAGGCUGCAGCAAAGGCCCCACAGCCCCCAGCAGACGUCCAGCCGGCAACAGCAGAGGCCCAUAUGUGUGGAGGAAAACAGCAUACGGCGCUGGCUAAAGUUUGGAAGAAGAGGAGCAAUGGUGAGAUGGGGAGAGGGGAGGUGAGAGGUGUGGGACGGCUCUGUCUUUACCCCACGCGGUUUGAAUCACGGCAGGGAUCGGCGCUAAUGAAGCUAAUAAUGGAUCUGUGUGAGUGUAAUGGGAAAGCUCCCCUGUCCAAAUCUUGUCUCGUAGAGGUGUAA